AUGUUGUUAAAGCAUAAACUUGUCAAACCAUUCACAAAUUUAACAAAACAGGAGCGGUUCCUCCAAUUGCUUAGGCUAAGCAGCUCAUGCUUUGCAAUUGUGUUUUGCCUAACAUUGCUUGUUGGCCCCAUUUUCAAUAAUAAUCUUUAUAUAACAAGGAUAAAUUGUGCCCAUUUGGAUGUUUCAAAAGGACUAUACAACUCAUUGAGAAACUCAGUUGGAGUGGCUCCUUCUAUUCUAGAAGACAGUGAUACAGAAUGUAUACCUGUGGGGAGCAGCUUGACCAAUAGCGAAAUCAAGUUGCUAUCAGAAUAUGCCGAGGCGCAAGUUGUUGGUGCUCCACAAUACUGCACAACAUCCAUCUGGAAGUGGUGCUAUGGUAAUUACCAGUCACGCAAAACCACAAACAGUAAAGGGAAAACUAUUACAAUAAAGGAAAACGAGGUUUUAACCUGCUUCAAGAAGAAGGAACACGCCUUUGAUUACAGAUCUCAGUUGGAAGAUAUGCAACUUGAUAGUAUAUUGGCUUAUGCAUACCAGGGCCAAGACAUGAAGAACUCAAAGUAUGAUCAAGAUAUAAUACAAAGAAACCACAGACUCAAACUUGCAUUGAAUGGUAUUAUAUUCACUUGCUGUGCCCAAUUGAUGAUCCUCUGCGCUGCUUUAAUAAUCUACUCCAAUCGAGGCAAAAACGAAAGAGAUCUAAGCAAAAUACCAAAUAUUACUUUACACGGUUUGGCGUUGGUCUCAGUAAUGGCUUGUUGCAGUUCAAUAAUAGCACUGGCCUUGAUUACAAACUUGUUGAUGAUUUCAGAGAAAGAAGUUGGCAGCGAGUUGAAAAAUUUCGGUGUCUUUUUCACUAGAGGCGCAACAUGGUUCACUCUUUUAUGGUUAUCCUCCGUAUGCUGUGUACUAACUAUGGCAGGCUGGGCCUUGCCAAUGUGGUGUGCUAACCCAUCUGAGGAAAAACAUCGACAUAGAUUAGACGACUCUAUACUAAUAGGUAAAUAUACUCAAUACUUUUGA